AUGGAGGGCUGCAGCGGCCAUGCGGUGGAGCUGGCGGUGUUGACCAGCUUUGACCAUGCCGCCGACUGCGCUGUCGCCGUCUACCUUGCCAGCACAGCAAAUGAAGAGCAGCGGCUGUCAGAAGAGCCAGGGCAGGCGUGUAAUGCUGUCACGUUUGCCCCCGCGGCGGCGGGCGUGGUGCCGCCAGCGCGUCGCAUCGGCAAAGCGUGGACGAGGACGCGCCAGGGCAGCAGCGGCGGCAGCAGCGUGGCCGCCGCGGACAGCGACGGCAGCGACGACGCGUCAGAGGGCAGCAGCGAGAGCGAGGAUGACAGCGGGGGGGCCGCCUCGGGAUUGCCGAUGGCUGCGAAGUCGGGCGCGGCGGCGGCUGCUGCGGGCGGCGCGGUGCCCGCGGGUCGGGCGCCCCGCCACAGGCGGCCGGUUACGCCCCAGGCAGGUGCUGCUUUGAGCUGA